AUGGUUUCGUCUCAGAAAAGGUCAUCUCAUCGUGGGCCCGAUAAAAAAUCAAACCUUCACUUGAUCAUCAAAGCGCCGAAUAAAAAUAAAUCAGUAAAACUUCAUCUUACCAAAAAAAUGCGUACCUCCUCACAAAAGUUCACUUUCUCCUCGAUAUCAUCGAUUCUGUUUGUAAUGUUUGCAUACUUGAUAAUACCGACAUACUCAAUACCAGUUCCACCAGCGACUUCAAUGCAGUGGCCCUCACCAUCGAUAGAUACGUCGGAUGACCUGAAUAAUAACGGUACUAGUUCUGACGGCGGCGGAACGUCAAGUUCGCCGAAUAAGAUGGAAGUAAUGAACUGGAUUCUUGCUGCCAUAUCAAUAGUCAUAGUGGUAGAGCUGAUAUUUUGGUUGUUCAAGUGUAUUAAUAUGGUUCGAAAGGGUGUGACUGGAGGUGAGGACGAUAGGAAUCAAGACAAUAACGGACAAUCAGAGGCUGCAUCUAAUGGACUCGACGAUGAAGAGCUACCACCUUAUGAUGGGUUAUCUUUGCCUAAAUACUGUGAGGCUAUGGAAACGAGUAAUAACGAUAACGAACAGUUGAGAAGUUCACCUUUAGCAGAAGAUGAGAAUUCAUUAACCGCCGUUGUCGCUGGCCAAGAAGACAAUAAUCAAGAUCACAACGGAAGCGUGGAAGAGAUCAAUCGCAUUAGUAAUCAGACGUCGACAGUGGUGGUAGAGAUGAAUCAUGUGUCAAACGUAGCAAACGCGGUGAUAGAUGAUGCCAGGCCAUCAUCAUCGACGGAAGAACCUUCUAGCUGA